AUGGCUCGAAAUCAAUCCAACGGACGGGAUCGUCAAAGCAGUGAUCGAGGUAAAGUCACAAUCAAGCCGAAGGAGACCUCGUGGUACAAAGAGACCCCAGGGGUAAAGCGGCGAUCAAGGACGCUGAACGCUUGUGAGCCUUGUAAGAGACGAAAGACCAAGUGCUCAGGUCAUCCAGGUCCAUGCACGGCCUGCGCAAAAGUUGGAUACACUUGUCGAUUCAAUAUCAAGCAUGAACCAAACCGCAAGGUACCAGCAACAUCUACGACACAGCAGGGAGACCUUUAUGCUCUAAACCACGCUUUACAGGCUAUGAAGUAUGGGCGAAGACUUCCACUGAUGCAUUUUAUCGAGACUCUGCGAUCCGAUCGUGGCCCAGAGGAGCUCGCAGGCAGUCUCAAGUCAAACGUCGAACUGUCCCACGAGCAAGGAGUCAUUCCAAGCACAAAGAUCGAAGAUAUAGACACGAUGUCUUUGCCCCAGAAGAGCUUCUCCGAAGACCUUGGCUGGAAUUCUAGCUUCGAGUCACAGCCAAGUCACACUGUGAGCUCGACGACACAGAGUGAAAGGGACUGGGCUCCGAUAAACUGGUAUGGAAAAUCAAACGCUGCAUACCCAACCCCAACCAGUAGCCUAGGCCAACCAACACCAGUAAACUACACUGACAGCCCCUGGUCAUGGAGUCGCACUACUGAUUACACAAGAUGUGCUUCUACAGCAUCGGCCUUUUCACCUACGCAAAGUGACUGGCAGUCCGAGAAUGGUCUCCUGCAGGCAGAGAGACCUCAACAGCGACCUACUCAUUGUCAGAUGCCAAUCAGAUAUGUUGACGGUCGAAUACCCCAGCCUGGAUACCCUUCACCAGGUGUGGCACUCCAAUACCAUCCACGCUACGUGCCAGAGGGACUGAAUGUCCCGCAUCACUUUGCUCCUCGAGUGGAACAGUACGACUCACUCGGUUACCCGGGUGGCUUGGCCGCCACGACGGUAGCCGGGCCUUGGCAGGCAAUGGCGCAACAUCCACAAGCACUUGUGCAGCAGCAGCGACAGGAGCAACACGAACAGCACCAGCAGCAGUUCGCAAUACACAGCCAUGGGGUAUACAACUCAGUCAGUCCAGUUACUCAAGGACACGUAUCCCAUGCCCAUGUUUCUCAACAGUACUCUGGACUUGUCGCAUAG